UUCAGUUCAGUGAUAUAUCGUAACACCUUCGCACGUGUACAUAUAAAAUUGAGCUAUUUUUUAAUAUUGUGUAUAGUGUUCGCAAUAUUGUGUAUAGUGUUUGUAAUAUUGUGUUUCUAAAAUGGAUAACAAUAAUUCUACGAUACGGACGGAACGGAAUGUGGCAUCACGAUACUUGAAGGGGAAAGAAUCAUUGAAACAUCUUCGCAUCUCCAGGAAAAGAUACAGCAGAAAAGGAGCGUAUCUUCGAAAUAGAUUGAAGCGGUUAGGUAAACAAGUUUGCGAAGAGGAGCAGACUGAAACUGUGUCAGCUGCAACGGCACAUGAAAAAUUACAAAUAGAAGAAGCAAUGGAAAUAGAAUUAGAUGGAAGAGACAUUGUAGAGAAUGAAUGUCAAGAUCGACAAGAAGAAGAAAUAGAAGAAGAUACAAAAAAUGAAAAGGAAGAAGAAUUUCAUCGGAUAGUAGGCGUCGUCAUGCAGACAGAAACUGCCACUGACGAAGAAGAAUAUCUAGUCGUAGAAAAAGAAACGACGAAAUCAGACGAAAAGUUAUGUCGGUCUGACGGGUUCAGCAUUGUUGACAUGCACCACGUCUUCGACCAGAUAAAAUUGAUCGGCGAACAUUCAGAAACGUUUGAACGUUCAACAAGGCACCUGGAAAUAAAAGGUCUGAAAAGAUCGGGUUUAAAUUCAACCCUUAUUCUAGAAUGCAGGAUGUGCAAUUAUAGAGCCGAAGUGCACAGCCAACCUGAAAAUGCUCAGGUAAUGAAUACAACUGAGAAUGCAGUUGCAGCAAACAUUCUCAGUGGAGGCGGCUACGCACAAAUGGAGGACUUUUUGACAUCUAUCAAUGUCCCUUGCAUGUUAAAGAAGAAAUAUAGGAAAUGUCACGACCACAACGUCAAUAAAUUAGUCGCUGCUGCCGAAACAGAAAUGGUAGCAGCGGCAGAAGAAGAAAAAAGGCUAGCCGUUGAAAGAGGUGAUGUCCUUUCAUGUAGAAUUCCACAUAUUCCUGUAGUUGCAGACGGAAGCUGGAUGAAAAGGUCGUACCGAACAGGAAAGUACGACUCACUGUCCGGUGUUGGUGUGAUCAUUGGUUAUCACACUAAGAAAGUAUUAUUUAUUGGCGCGAAGAACAAAAUUUGUUGUAUAUGCAGCCAUAAAAGAAAAAGACCCGCCACACCAUCAAUGUUUCAAAAAUUGGGGUAGAAAUCAAGCGUCUACCAAGAUGGAGAGCGAUGCCAUCGCAGAAGGUUUCAAGAGCAGUGUCGAAAAAAAAGGAUUAAUUUAUUCGACACUGAUUGCUGAUGGCGAUAGCAGGGUCUAUAAAAAAAUUUUAGACUGCGACCCAUAUAAAAAUAUGAUUCGUGUAAAGAAUAUUGAAUGCACGAAUUAUUUUUUGCGCAACUUCGGCAAUAAGUUAAAAGAAGUUGCAAAGAAGACUCCGCCGGGCUGUUAUAGACAAGCCAUCAAAAAUAAUAUUCGACGGAUGCGUAUGAGAAUUACAAAAGCUGCAGAAUAUAGAUUUAAUGAAAAUACUUCGUUAUUACAGAGACAACAAAAAUUAUACGAAGAUAUUAUGAAUGUUUGGAGAACAUAAAGACUGCAAAAGAAUUGAAUAUUUCUGCAACGGAACGAUGAAGGAGAAUGAACAAAACAUCGUCCCAUAUUUAUUAAACCUGGAAGUUUACCAAAAAAUACAAGACAUUCUUCGAUCGUUGGCGGCACACGCAGAAAUCUUACUGUACCGAACCAACAAUAAUACGGUAGAAAGUUUUAAUGCCAUCAUUGCGAAAUAUAUUUGCGGAAAACGCAUUAAUUUUGGCCAAAGAGGAUCAUACACAGGAAGAUGUGCCGCUGCUGUAAUUCAGUACAACUCUAAAGAAGUGUUGUCUCGAUUACAGAGAACGUGUGGAAAAUAGCCGCUACAGCUGUUACUAGAUCUAGAGAAUUAGAAGAAGAAGAAAGAAUUGACAAAUCCCGGAAAAUAAAAGAAGAACGAGACCAAAAAGGAAAAUUUCCGUGCAAGUAAAGAAAAAGAUUACGAACCAAAUGCACAGAAACCAGACAUGGAUGAAUUUAUGUUCGAUCUCCAGAAAGAGAAACAUCUGGAAAUGCUGAACGAAUGGCAAAAUCAAAAAGAAAAAAUUGAGCAGGAAACCAUAGAACAAUGUAAAAGCAGGAAAUGGUUGGCUCACAAGUCAAAACUUUUGACAGCGUCUAACUUCGGUAAAGUUUACCGCCGACGCAAAGAUACACCGUGUGGCAAGAUGGUACAGUCGCUGUUGUAUCCACGUGUAUUGAACGUUCCUGUCGUAGAAUACGGACAGGAGAAUGAAGAAAUUGCUCGGGGAGAAUUGUCGAAAAAGGAAAACAUUGAAAUAAAAAAAUGUGGUCUUUUCAUCGACGCAUCGAUACCCUAUUUGGGAGCAUCGCCGGAUGGCAUUAUCGGUGAAGACGGCAUUGUAAAAAUAAAAUGCCCGAAAUCCGCAGAAGAUAUUACUCCAGAAGAGGCAAUAACAACAAACAAGUCUGUGAAGGCCAUAUUUACCGACAGUACGGGCAGCGAAUUGCGCAAAACACACCUGUACUUCUACCAAGUCUAAGGACAAUUGCACAUAACGGGUAGAAAAUACUGCCUGUUUUGUCUGUGGACUAAGAAAGGAAUUAUGUCCAUUCGUGUUGAAAAAGAUGGCGAUUUUUGGAAGCGAGAAAUGGAACCAAAAUUAACACAAUUUUAUCUGAAUUGUAUGCUGCCAGAAAUAGUAGACAGCAGAUAUAACAGAGGCAUGCCAAUACGGGAGCCUCAGAAUAUCAAAAAGUGAAUGUAAGUAAGAAAAAAAAGUUUAAUAUUAUAAAGUGGAGAUCCAAACGCUAACCGACGUCGAGCUGCACACUUUCAGAUAAGUGCGCAGACUCGCUGAUUCUAUCAGCGAAUGAAUAUAAUAUUAAAAUAUUAUAUUAAAAUUGCAACUUUCCGACGUCGAGUGCACUUACAAAAGUGCAACCCAGCUGACUCAAUCAGCUGGUGACACAGUGGAGUAGGCCUACAGGGGAUACCAUUGACAAAAAAAAACGCAUCAACAAUAGUACCUCAAGGGUGAUGUGGAAUCUCUCACUCUCUCUCUCUCUCUCUCUCUCUCUCUCUCUC